CUUAAUGCAUAAAAUUUAUGCGAUGUUUUUGAAUGUCUCCACAAUUUUUUUUUUCCUUUUUAAUAAAAUCCAUUGGCAUAUACUUGGAGCUUGAAUCACAGUAGGAAACUACCAAACGCGAUCAACUAAACUUCAUCGCCCCUUAUGCAUGAAAAAAUAAAUCGGAGCCGGAGCAGGAGCCGAGCAAUGCGUAGCUUCGCCAUCCAGCAACGCAGCCGGCGUCACGAUGACAGCCACCGACGGAGAUACCAUCGAACUUUAUCUGUCGCACAUCGAGCUCUGCAUCUCCACCAAAGAUCUCAAGUUCGGCCGUCUUCUGCACUCUCGCCUUCUCAAGACCGCGCUCCACCUUCACACUAUCCUAUCCAACCGCCUCAUUGACAUGUACGCCAAAUGCGGCUCUCUGCCUUGCUCCAUAUCCUCCUUCGACGACCUUCCCUUCAAAAACCACCAAUCCUGGAACACCCUCCUCGCCGCCUUCUCUCGCGACUUCAGGUUUCUCGAUUCGGCACGUCAGCUAUUCGACGAAAUGCCUGAGCGAAACAUUGUCAGUUACAACACCAUGAUUUCGAAACUUAGCCAUCACGGGAAGCACCAUGAGGCCCUCAAACUUUUUUCUGAAAUGCAAAGGAAAGGUAUUGGCAUGGAUAAGUUCACUGUUGUCGGUAUUGCUCCAGCUUGCACAGGCUUGGCUCAUCUCCAUUCUCUUCGUCAGCUACAUGGCGCUAUUACUUCCAACGGGUUGCAGCUGAAUUCUAUAAUGUCAAACGUACUCAUUGAUGGAUACGGGAAGUGCGGUCAUCCCAACGCCGCUCGACAGGUGUUUGAUAUAAUGCCUGUGAAGGACAUUGUUUCAUGGACCUCCUUGAUCACAGCCUACACGAAUGCCAACAGGCUUGAGGACGCCUACAGAGUUUUUCUCAGCGCUCCAUCACGCACUGCAGUUUCAUGGACAGCUCUUAUUUCUGGCUUCGAACAAAACAUGCAGGAAGAAGUUGCAGUCAACCUGUUCGAGCAAAUGUUUGAAGAGGGUAUCCGCCCCACUCCCUUCACUUCCGUAUCAUUGCUGAGUGCUUGCGCGCGAUUAGGACUCAUCGAUCGAGGAAAGCAGCUUCAUUGCUACAUGCUUCGAAGAUUUAUAGAUUUUUUCUGCUUCAACAUCUUCACUCAGAACUCGCUUAUCGACCUUUAUGCGAAAUGCGGCGACAUGGAGUCAGCCACAGUAGUUUUCGAUCGCAUGCCUGCUCGUGAUGUCAUCUCUUGGAACUCCAUGGUUACAGGGUUUGCUCAGAACGGGCUUGCCACGGAGGCCUUUGAUGUGUUUAAGAGAAUGCUGCGGGUUGGAAUAAAGCCAAGCCAUGUAACAUUCCUGGGCGUGCUAUCGGCUUGCAGCCAUGGUGGGCUGGUAACAGAGAGCCGCCAAGUUUUGAGAUUAAUGGAGAAAGAGUUUGAGGUUUUCCCUGGAGAUGAACACUACUCUGCUCUCAUUGAUGGGCUUGGGAGAAUGCGGCGGCUUGAGGAGGCGAUGAAGGUGAUAGAGAGCUUGGAAUCUGAUGGAAGGUCAGGCAGUGUGGGGAUGUGGGGGGCCUUGCUGGGUGCUUGCCGGGCUCAUGGAAACAUGGAGCUUGGAAGGAGAGCUGCAGAGUCGCUGUUUGUGCUGGAGCCGGAGAAUGGAGCGAGGUAUGUGACGCUGUCGAAUAUAUAUGCAGCUGCUGGACAAUGGGAUGAGGCAGGGAAGGUUAGGGUUGUUAUGAAGGGGAGGGGAUUGAGGAAGGAGGCGGGUUGCAGUUGGAUUGAGGUGAAAGGAGGAAGGAAAGUGUUUGUGUGUGAGGAUAAGUCUCAUUUGCAGACAAGAGAGAUUUAUGAAAUGGUUUUGGCGUUGGUUGAUCGGAUGAAGGGAGAAGAAGAGUUUGCAGAAGGUGAGUUUUUUAUCUAAAUCUUCGGCUAUCAUCUUCUCAAUGAAAAAAUUGGUUUAGGAAGAUAACUGAACCGAUGUGCUUUUCUGUAGAAAAAAAUUUAGAUAAUAUGUUGUUAGCUCCGGAAUUAUGGGAAGAUAUAGUUUUAAAAUGAAAAAGGUAAAAAUAUAAUUG